UCUGCGCAUUUGCAAACUCCAAGAAGAAGAAGACUCAUGGAGGAGUUUCAAAUUCCAGAACCUGGACGUCACAACAACAUGAGCGACAUUCGAUCCCUUGAGCACAAUCAACGCAAAUGGUGGAUCUCUGUUUUCUCCUUCGGCUUCUUGAUCUUAGCCGGAGACUCCCUCGUCAUGCUUCUCUUGAACUUCUACUACGACCAAGACGAGCGUUCACAGAAUGACCAAGACCAACAGUACAGAGGAACAUGGACGCAAGCUCUGCUUCAGAACGCUGCCUUCCCCAUCCUGAUCCCACUCUUCUUCCUCUUCCCUUCACCAAAACCAAACCCGGAUACAGUCUCGGAUCAAACCAACAAUCGUGUUAUCUUGCUAUACGUUUCUCUUGGUGUUAUUGUCUCUGUUUACAGCAAGCUAUACGCGCUGGCCAGAUUAUACGUAGGUUGGGGUAUCUUGGUACCAGCUCAGCUGAUACUAACCUCCCUCUUCUCAGCUUUCAUAAACCGUCUCAAGUUCAACAGAUGGAUCAUCAUAUCGAUACUCUUCACUCUUGCGGCAGACUUCUUUUGCUCCCCUGCGUUUUCCGGAGCUCCUACCGAAGAUGAAUCUUAUACUUACGGCAUCAAGGCUUGGCUGAUACUCAUACUCCCUACUCUCGCCUUCUCCUUGUCUCUCUCCCUAACGCAGCUCGGGUUCGAGAAAGUCUUGGCCAAGACAAAACGGUAUGGUGGUAACAACAAGAAGGUGGUGUUCCGGAUGGUGCUGGAGAUGCAAAUCUGUGUUUCCUUCGUCGCCACGCUCAUUUGUCUAGCGGGUCUGUUUGCUAGCGGUGAGUUCAAGGAGUUAAAAGGAGAUAGCGAGAGGUUUAAGAAAGGGAGAGCUUACUACGUUCUGAGUUUGGUCGGUCUAGCUCUCUCCUGGCAGGUUUGGGCGGUGGGGCUGUUAGGUCUGGUGCUCUUGGUGUCCGGUUUGUUCGCCGAUGUUGUUCAUAUGUGUGCUUCACCGGUUGUGGCUCUGCUCGUUGUGCUGGCUUUUGAUUUCGAGGAUGAUGAGUUUGGUUGGCAGAGAAGAGGUGCUUUGGUAGGAGCAGUCUUGGCUUUAGCUUGUUACUUCUAUUACCUGCACAAAACAAAGAAGAAGGAGAUGGCAGAACUGAACAAAAGAGAGAACGACAACAACAGCGAAGAAGAGGCUUAA